AUGCGCCUUAACCAAGGCUUUUUCAAUCAUUCGUUCGAGGACCUAGCGGCAUUAAUGGAUACCAAUACCCCAUUGCUUGACGACUUCGACUCGUUCCUCUCGCCGUCACAUAUUAUUCCGGUCAAUCCGCCACCGCAGCUGGCGGAGCCGGAACCACCUCUUGCAUUGCUCAGUCCAGGAAUAGUGCCACGACCGGAAGUCGGAGAGACCAUAUCGCGCCUUGGUUCUCGACUGCCUUCAUUACAGCCACAAGAGAUGACAUGGCGAGCACCAGAACCAGUCCGAACUUGCAAGCUGUUUGAUAGCAUAAGCUCGGAGACAAGGCAGCUUUUUAUGGCCAAACUGCGUCAAUUUAGUGCCGUAGUACCCGAGCUUUUUGAAAUGCCGUCACGGCUAGCGCUUUCACGGUACCUCAAAGCGUAUCUCAACGGCUUCCAUGAACAUUUGCCCUUUCUUCACGUACCCACCCUGUCGAGUGACGCAUGCUGCAUCGAGUUGUUACUGGCAAUUGCGUCAGUUGGGGCCCAGUACUGCUUGGAAUCAGAGAGGGCAUUCCAGCUAUUUGAGACCAGCCACGCGAUUGCAAAGGAGCGUAUCCAAAGGCUGGACAAUUCGAUGUUGCCACUAGAACCGAAGGUUCAUGACCGAAGAGGCUUUGACUUUGCGCACAGUUUGAGGCGUUACGGAUCAUUUAUGGAGGUCCCAGGUCUGGCAUUACGUGAUUCAUUGAGUGAAAGCCAAGAGACUCUAAAGGAUAGAGUACAGACUGCACAGGCACUCUUGCUCCUGAUGGCUGAGGCGACAUGGUCUAACCAUCGGAGAACCUUACGCCAGGCUCUCGCUAUCCAAAGCACACUGGCAAGCCUUAUCCGAGACGAUGUUUUGAAAACCAUGCCAGCCCCAGAUGAUGUUAGUUGGGAAGAAUGGGCGAAAUAUGAAAGCACCAAGCGAACCAAAUGGAUAGUAUUCUGCUUUUUUAACCUGCAUACUAUUGUCCAUAAUAUCCCGUCACUCAUUUCAAGCUCGGAAAUGGACGCUAUGCUCAUGCCUUGCCACUCUGCAACCUUUCGAGCCACUUGCGAGGCCAAAUGGCGAGACGCACAGGUUUUGCACCCCUGUGAUAAUGGCAGUGCAGCCGUAUUGGAGGACGAUAUUACUUUGAUUGAGCUAGCGCUGAGGAACUGGAAAUCAGCCUGGAAGCAAACUCCGGACUCAAGCCUGGAUUCCUCCAACCCCGCAGGACCAGUGUCUUUCAACUCGACAGCCUUACUACGUCUUGCAUAUAUCAGGCUCAAUGCAGAUAUUGGUCCUGGACGGGCACUACAUACUCGUGAUCCGGCACAGAUUGCGAAUGCUUUCCUUGAAGCUCAAAUAAUCAAGAGAACACCCGGACUACUACGGGCUGUGCUGCAUGCUGCUCAUGCAUUAAGCAUUCCCAUCAGGAUUGGAGUUCACGUGGUGGCGCAGACACAGACCUUUCGGUGGUCUAUCCAGCAUUCUUUAGCGACGCUUGAGUGUGCAUUUCUCCUCAGUAAGUGGCUCGAGGCAUUAUCAUCACCAGUCGGAGAUCAGCCUAUCAGCUCUAGUGAGCACAGGAUGCUUAGGCUAGUUAGGACAAUGUUGGACGAGACGGAUUAUGCCGUCCCUUCGACACUAGCAGUCGAAUCGCGACGGGGCAUGAGGCUGCUUGCAGCUAAUGUGCUUCGGGUAUGGGCAAAUGUGUUCAAUGGUCCCACGCAGGUAUGGGCCAUUGUAAAUAUUAUCGGAUCAUCCCUGGCACUUUGUGCAAACCUAGUCGAACAUAGUUGA